CUGUACAAAAUGCCGUGUGAAAUGGCAGGAGAUUCCUGUGAUUUUCUGUCGCUCGGAGCCAGCCUAGAACGGCAGGAACUGGAGUCCCCAGGUGGCGUUGCCACGCCGACGGUGUAUUGCCAGCUGCUGGCUGUGUACCUGCUGCAGAAGGACCUAAACAAUGCUAAAUACCUCUGGAAAAGGAUUCCCCAGGCUAUUAAAAAUGCAAACCCCGAGCUUGUAGCGAUCUGGGCGGUUGGUAAGAAGAUGUGGCAGCGAGACUUUCCCUCCAUCUACACGUCCCUGUCUGCGUACCAGUGGUCAGCUGAGGUCAAACAGAUCAUGGCAGCCGUCGCAGAAAGCGUCCGUAGCCGAGCGUGUGACCUGGUGGCCCGAGCCUACUCCUCCAUCAGUGCAGAGGACCUGUCUGCCUUCCUGGGACUGUCUGUGGACGAAGCAGUCAAGGCUGUAGUAGAAAGAGGUUGGCAGGCAGAUCCACAGACCAGGAUGAUCACACCAAAGAAGCCAGCUUCAGUUGUCGUCCCUCCCAGAGAAAGUUCCCAACAUCUACAACAGUUCACAGACCUGGUCGCCUUCCUCGAAAACUGAGACAAAAUGUUGUAAAAUAUUCUACUUCUUCUGAACAGAUUUGUUCUUGUUGAUAAGUUUGUUUGUUUAUUUGUUUGUUGAUCUUGUGGUAAAUAAGUGGUGACCUGUGCAUGGCUAAAGGUGUAAUGCACAAGGUCUGAGGUACUUAGUAUACAGUGUGAGGUACUGAAUUGACAGAAGUCAUCUGACAUGUGGGCAUUCCACUAUUCCUCUAAACAAGUGUAGUGGGACGUCGGUGAAGGUUAGACAUCCAGGUAAUAAGAUAUGCCAAAAAGCAGUCACUCAAGCAACUGGAUAUGAUUUUAGAAACGGUCACAGUUGCUCGAGUAACUACUUUUUGCUGUAAGUGUAGUGGAAUAUAUUUCUAAAGCAAGUUUUUUGAACUGUAAUUUCAAUCACAAAAUUUGGACUCCUCCAAAUUUUCAACUCUCCAACUCCAGUCAUUCUCAAGUUCAAACGAUCAAUCCACUUCUUCUGAUAGGUACAGGUUUUGUACUAAAUAUACAAACGAACAAAUGAACAAUUGCAGUGCAACUUUGUUUCAGAAAGGUUUCUAGUAACAACAACACAGAUGAACUUUCAAGCUGGUGGGACUUUGUGAUUAUCAGGGCAGAGCCUCUGAUGUUCUGAUAAAGAAGGAAAGACAUUUAGUUUGAACAUACAUGUGUUGUUUAUUCUUAAACUGAAAGAUAUGAUAAAUUUCCAUGGAAAGCAAGUACCUGUAUGGUGCAUCUGAAAUUUUGUAAAGGCCAGGUCAGUUUGCUUUCGAUUAUACGUUAGUGCAAUUGUGCAACAUGUGUAAAAAUAAAGCUAUAGCUUAUAUAGCAUGCUGUAGCAAUGCACAGGAUCUUCAAGCAUGAAUUAAUGUUGUGUACAUUUGACAGUAUAGAUGGUCUUUCAAAUGCAAGAAUACAGAACCUUCAACACUGGAACAAAACUGAACACCAGUUGAACUUGUACUGUCUGGAUAUUAUAAUAAAAAGGAGAAAGAAGUCA